UAUGUAAAGCAGGUAUGCUCUCCUUUUCGCAUCUUCUUGUCCACUUGAUUCUCUCUCUCUCACUCUCUGAUUGAAGCUUUGGAAUAGGGAGAGAGAACGAUGGCCGAGCAGAAGGCUAUGGCGGAUCCUAACUUGAACGUCGUCCCACCCGGGAAGUCACCAGUCGAAGAUGUCGAGGCUCCGAAGAAACGCCCGCCCCGGAACAAGUACGCCUUCGCCUGCGCAAUCCUCGCUUCCAUGACUUCCAUCUUACUGGGAUACGACAUUGGUGUGAUGAGUGGUGCGGCUAUAUACAUCAAGAAAGAACUCCACCUCAACGAUGUGGAGGUCGAAGUCCUCGUCGGUAUCAUCAACCUCUACUCCCUCCUCGGCUCGGCCGUCGCCGGCAGGACCUCCGACUGGGUGGGCCGCCGCUACACCAUGGUCAUCGCCGGCGCCAUCUUCUUCGUCGGCGCCAUCCUCAUGGGUUUUGCCACUAGUUAUGCUUUCCUCAUGUUUGGACGCUUCGUUGCCGGUAUUGGCGUCGGGUACGCCCUCAUGAUCGCUCCUGUCUACACCGCUGAAGUCUCGCCGGCAUCAGCUCGCGGCUUCCUUACCUCGUUCCCGGAGGUGUUCAUCAACUCGGGGGUGUUGCUCGGUUACGUCUCCAAUUACGCUUUCUCCAAGCUCCCCACCAACCUUGGAUGGCGGUUCAUGCUUGGCAUCGGGGUCAUACCCUCCGUCCUCCUCGCCCUCGGCGUCCUCGCCAUGCCCGAGUCCCCCCGCUGGCUUGUCAUGCAGGGCCGACUUGGAGACGCCAAGCGCGUCCUUCAGCGCACCUCCGACUCCUCCGAGGAGGCCGACCUCCGCCUCGCCGAGAUCAAGGCCGCUGCCGGCAUCCCAGACACCUGCAACGACGACGUCGUCAUCGUCACCCGUCAGAAAAGCCACGGCGAGGGAGUGUGGCGGGAGCUCCUUCUCCACCCGACCCCUGCUGUCCGCCACGUGCUGAUUGCCGCGGUCGGGAUCCACUUCUUCCAACAGGCCUCGGGGAUUGACGCAGUCGUCCUCUACAGCCCGCACAUAUUCGAUAAGGCCGGCGUGAAGUCAUCGGACCACAAGCUGCUCGCGACGAUCGCCGUCGGGUUUUGCAAGACGAUCUUCAUCCUCGUCUCCACGUUUUUCCUCGACCGGGUCGGACGGCGCCCGCUGCUCCUCGCCAGUGUGGCGGGGAUGAUACUCUCCCUCACGAUCCUCGGAUGCGGUCUCACGAUCAUCGACCACUCAAGCGAGAAGCUGAUGUGGGCCAUCGGAUUGUGCAUCGCCAUGACGCUGACCUUUGUGGCAUCAUUCUCGAUGGGGCUGGGCCCCAUCGCGUGGGUUUACAGCUCAGAGAUAUUUCCACUGAGGUUGCGUGCGCAGGGCGCGAGCAUAGGGGUCGGGGUGAACCGGGCCACGAGCGGGCUCAUAACGAUGACCUUCCUAUCACUCUCGAAGGGGAUCACAAUCGGAGGCGCCUUCUUCCUGUACGCAGCGGUGGCUGCCGUCGCUUGGGCGUUCUUCUUCACGGUGCUGCCGGAGACACAGGGGCGGACCCUCGAGGAUAUGCAAGGGCUUUUCGGUAGCUUGACGGGGUGGAGGUCCGUGGCGAGAAAGCUGAAGAUGGAAGUUGUUGAGGAUGGUAAGAGCGACGGUGGUAAAGGUUACGUUCAAUUAGCGACCAACGGGCAUACUGACCUUAAGCAGAUAUAAAAACCAAAGUAGCCCUGUAGUCGUACAUCGAUCUCAUGCUACUAUCUUUUUUUCCCCUUUUUUUUGGG